AUGGAGAUUGACUUGGAUUCUAUAAUAGAGAGACUAUUGGAGCCUAGAACUUCAAAGCCUGGCAAGCUAGUGGAUCUGCGUGAGGAGGAGAUCAGGUAUCUGACAGUGCAGGCGACAGAGAUAUUCAACAACCAGCCAAUCUUGCUGGAGCUAGAGGCACCCAUCAAGAUCUGUGGCGACAUCCACGGACAGUACUACGACCUGCUGCGUCUGUUUGAAUACGGUGGCCUGCCACCCCAGUCCAACUACCUGUUCCUGGGCGAUUAUGUCGACCGUGGCAAGCAGUCGCUGGAGACCAUCUGUCUGCUGCUGGCCUACAAGAUCAAGUACCCCGAGAACUUCUUCAUCCUGCGUGGCAACCACGAGUGCGCCUCGAUCAACCGCAUCUACGGCUUCUACGACGAGUGCAAGCGUCGCUACAACACCAAGCUCUGGAAGGCCUUCACCGACUGCUUCAACUGUCUGCCGGUGGCCGCCAUCAUCGACGAGAAGAUCCUCUGCAUGCACGGUGGUCUGUCGCCCGACCUCAAGUCCAUGGACCAGAUCCGUCGCAUCCAGCGUCCCACCGUCGUGCCCGACAACGGACUGCUCUGCGACCUCCUCUGGGCCGACCCCGAGAAGUCCAUCCAAGGUUGGGAGGACAAUGACCGUGGAGUAUCAUAUAUAUUCGGUCCAGACGUUGUAGAAUCAUUUUUAAAGAAGCAUGACCUAGAUCUAAUAUGUAGAGCUCAUCAAGUCGUGGAGGAUGGCUAUGAGUUCUUUGCGAAACGACAACUUGUAACUUUAUUUUCAGCACCAAACUACUUUGGAGAGUUUGAUAACGCCGGUGCGAUGAUGGGAGUCGACGAGACGUUGAUGUGCUCCUUCCAGAUAUUGAAACCAGCCGAUAAGAAGAAGAGUAUUGCUGACAGCAGCAGCAGACCACUGACUCCGCCCAGAAACAAGCAACAAAAGAAAUAA